AUGACUUUGUCGAAGAGGAGCAAAGUCGACCGAUUACAUCUCGGCAACAACUACUUCAACCUGGGCCAUGCAAGCCUGCGCAAGCGCCUUUUCAAAGGAGAUGAUUCUGCUGCAGGCACUGAGGGUGAUCCAGAGCUUCUGCUACGGAGACGGCAAGGCAUGUACCACGUUCCACCGAACGCCGGCACUCUAAGGCCAAUUCCUCAACGGGAAAACAGCGUUCCCUCCGACCCUGUGCAACACCUGCGACUCCUCAAUCUUGUCGAUAAGUCCAAGUCCAAGUGGUCCGGCACUGACAGCGACGAUUACCGACACAAGACCCGGCCCUUCUACUCUGGGUACAGCUCGUUGAAGAGCAGUGAUGAGUUGAUUGAUGAGGAUUUCGAGAGUAUUCUCUUUACGGUGUUGAGUCGUUACAACGCCCCGGAUGAAAUUGGUGCUCAAACUCCUGAAGAGUCAGACCGACAUCUCAAGGCUCUCUUCACGGACUUCCGACAGAACCCCGACAAACCCACCACUGCACGAUACCUUGCAGCCUUGUGCCGGGCUUUUGAUGACUCUCGACAGCCUCACGCGCACCUGUCUGCUCGCAUUGCAGCCCUCAUGUCUCCUCGAGCUGUCGAGUACUAUAAGGAUCUCACUGGUUCUGAUCACAGAUGGAGUGACAUUAUUCGAGCUGCCGAUCCCGACGUCCCGGGUGCUGAAAACUUUGGUCAAGCUUCUUGCCGCCGCCACUUGGCCAACACUAUCCCUAUCAUCAUCAAGAGGUUUCCAGAGAACCAUGCUAUUGCUUCUGGUGAAUGGUAUGAGUUACUUACCAAUCGGUACACAGGUUGCUACUGCCUUGAUAUACACCGACCCUGUCACUUAGACAAUUUCCUGAAUGGUUAG